AUGAUGAUAGUCGCACGAGCGAGGCGAUGCUCGUGCAUGGCAUGGCUGGUUGGCUCAGUGAUUUCGCCAUCACGACCUCAUUCGAGUAAGCUCGCGGAUACUUCGCUGGAGGCCUUGCAAGAGAGAAACAAGCAGUUGCACGCUGAACUGUCCGCAACUCCUUGGCCACGGUUGGUUUCAUUGACAUUCAAUCGCCAACAGUACGCCUUGCCCCUACAUGCUGAGCACAAAGCAGAAGCGGAUCUGGUGCAGCUGUCACUGCAACAGCUUGAGUACUUGGCAGGUGUCUUUGAUGGCGACGGCUGUGUCCAGGGCAGAAGCGGAUUGUCUCUGCGCGUCUCACAAUCCCUCGACGGAGUCAGUAUGUUGAUGUGUAUGCGUCAGGCGCUCGGGGGAAGCAUCCACAAAUCGCGAGAUGGACGAGGUUUCCAAAAGCCAAUGUUGCAAUGGGCGUUAAACGGAGGCAGCGCCCGUCAUGCUGCGAAAAUUCUGGCGCCAUUUAGCAUCGUGAAAAGAAGACAGCUUGAGCUUCUUGUGGAGUGGCCCCAGGCACAUGCUGACAAAGCAGACUGUGCCUUUAGGCUCGGCUUCCUCAAGCGCAAUGAAGCAGCCGUGCCUGGGCCAUGCUCUUGGGCGUACUUUGCGGGCUUCUUCGAUGCUGAAGGCUACAUUGAACAACCUAGAGGCAAGGCGUCAAUCGUUCUGAAGAUAGCACAGAAGCAUCCAACGAUUCUCGAAUGCUUGCAGCGUUUCCUUGCAGAGAACUCGGUGUCCAGGCCGAGGUUUAUUACGGAAGUCGAAGCCAGUGUCACGAUUUAA